AUGUCUUCCACUGGCUAUCUUUCAAGUCCUGCAUGGGAGAAAGACGAGACGGGCCCAUUCGCCGAGGUCUGGGGUCAAUGGUGGAACAAAAAGGAAAAAGAAGAAGAGUUGAUAGCGGGGAAUGUCAUCGACUUGGAUUCCCUAUUCGCCAUCACAGCCAUCGAACGUACUUCGGGGCAGCUGUACAUUCGAGAACACUACAUCCAAGUUUACCAGCGUCUUUGCGAACAGGCUGUGAAUCCGAAAUGCGGCGGGGUGGUCUUAUCCGGACAGCCAGGGACGGGCAAGACAUACUGCCUCUUCUUCCUCUUGCUCAAGAAGUUGGUCAAAGGCGAGCCAGUGCUUUUUUCCCUGCACCGCCGCGAGGUCCUGUACUUUUCGGCGGAAGGUGUCCAGUUGAAUGAAAAUAUCGCGUCAUCACACCUACGCCCACUCUACCCGAAGGUCCGAAACGCGUCGGUUAAGACCUGGGCUCUUAUAAACAGUGAUGAGGGUGACAGGAAUCCACCACCCUUUGCCCUCUUGGAGUCAUUCCUCUUCCCUGUCCAAGCCACAUCGCCUCGUACCUCGCGCUAUAAAGACUGGGUCAAACAGCGGGACGGAAAGGUCUGGUCCGUGGCACGCUGGACAAGAGAAGACCUCUCGCAAGCCGUCAAGCUCUCCAUCGGAUUAUCAGAACAGUCUGAUAUCGAGCGAGAAUCCCUAGUCGACAAGGCGAUAUCCAAGUGGGGUUGGGCUCCUCGGGACGUCAGAAAAUACUUGCAAGGGGAGGAUGAUGAGCUUGAGGCUGCCCUCGGCAUGGCCCUUUUCUCUCUAACUUCUUCCCAGCUCUUCGAUCGACUACAUGAUCGCGAAGGCGACAGCGAUGACCAACUUUCGCAUGUCAUUGUUUCUCAAUACAAAUCUUCCAAAACAGAGAACGCUGUCUUAGACCUCAAAUCUCUUUAUAUUGCGCACCGUGUGCAACGGCAGCUCGAUAUCUUACAUCGAGAUGAAGCAUUCAAGUUUAUCAAACAUUGUCGCGCACACGCAGAGAGCACUGCACUGGGCGGAUGGGCAUUUGAAAAUCUCGUCAUCGACAUUUUAUGUAAUAUCGGUCACAAGGAUGAUCUUUCCGCGCCUACCCCAGCCACACUCGUAUCACCCUCGACUUGGUCAAUGACAACUUCCUCGACUUCACUAGGUCUCGGACAUUCGUCGUCAAAUGUGAUUGCUCUGACGCGCACCCGUUUCGACAAAACCCUCGAAGACGUCACGUUGGACCACACGAAGCUAUACCUUCCGUCUCAGAGCAACUUUCCUCUCCUUGACGCCUUCUACCUCGUGGUGGACCACGAAUCGAGGCAUGCUGAAGUGGUCGUCCUCCAAAUGACUAUAUCCUCAACCCACAAAGGAUCGGCGAAGGGGUUCGCGUUUUUGGAACGUUUGAAGGACCGGCUUCAGUUCCUCGGUGACAAGAGACUCGGCCCCGUCGACAAGAGACAGGAGCUACCUGCUUGGCGCAUUUCCUUCAACUAUCGCCUCAUAGUUCCUAUCCCUACUGAAGAUCAGGGCAGCGUUACCUUUACUUGGAGCCUCCCUAUCAAGUUUCCUAGCUCAAUUUCAGGGCCCAUCUACAUUCAACUUGCAUCGUCGCAGCUUACCCCGUCAUCUGCUGAAGAGGACGAGUCCAGUUUCGAGGAAGACUACAAUUGA